AUGAAUCUUCUGGCAAGUUUUUGGGUGCUGAUUUUGCUCAUUUCAUGGGCUGCCUGUCAGAGAAGCAAAUCGAAAAGUGACAGCAGCUCUGGGAAGGCACAAGGACGGACCUUGGGACUAUUGACGCCAUUGCUGUUCGGCACUGGAUCGCUCUUUGAUGCGCCAGUGGAUGGCUCGGGAAGCGGUGUGAGCAACGGCGUUCAGUCCGACUCAUAUAAUGGAGUUGGCGGAUAUCCAAAUUAUGGAAACUACGGAAACUAUGGCAACAGACCUUAUUAUGGUGGAUCUGGCUACGCCGGCUUUGGUAUUCCAGGCUACCUUGGCUUUGGAACCAACUAUGGUGGCUACUAUAGACCGUUCUACGGGUUUGGCUAUCAGCGGCCGCAACCUGUAAACUAUCCAGGCAACUAUUUUGGCGGUUAUAGACCCAAUUAUGGGGGUUAUGCUGGUUACGCUCGUCCCUCCAAUAACUACGCUAGUGCUGGAGCAUCCCCUGCUGCAGCUCCUAGUCAAGGUCAGUCACCGGCACUUGGGGGCGGAAACUCCCAGCUCAGUACUGCGCAGGCGGCCCAACUGGCAGGGCUCCUGGGGCAAGCCCUCGGCAGCAGUCUGCGACCUUUGCUGGCCAAUGGGGGUGCAAAUGGUGGGGCGGCCGCUGGCGUGGGAGGGGCUGGUGGCAAUGCACAGGCGCUGAGUGGUCUUCUGGGUCUGCUCGGCUAG